UCUUCCAUACAAUCAGUAAUUCAGUAAUAUGCACAUCAUUGUCUUUUGUACACAAUAAAUUAGGGCACAAAUUACAUUAAAUUACCCAAAUCUUAUUAUUUGAGUACUGCAAUCAUGAACACAAAUUUACCACUCAAAUCUUCAUCCAAAGCUGAUAGAAAAGCCAUAGAGAAGAACAGAAGAAUCCAUAUGAAAUGUCUUUACUCCCAACUCAAUUCCCUUGUCAAUCAUGAUGGUUCUUCUUCUUCUUCAAGGGUGAUUUUGACUCUACCAGAACAAAUAGAUGAAGCAACAAUGUAUAUUAAGAAGUUACAAGAAAAUUUAAAAAAUUUGAAGAAAAAGAAGGAUAAUUUGAUAAGUACUGCAAAAGGUAUUAGUAAUAAGGAUAGUGAAAAAAUAAGCCGAAAAUAUUACAAUAAUCGGAGUUCAGCCGUACAAAUAGAGAUUAAUGAGAAGGGAAAUUCGGUAGAAGUGAUAUUAAUAACUGGGUUAGAAUGCCAAUUUGUUUUCACUGAAGCGAUUCGUAUUUUUCAUGAAGAAAAGGCUGAAAUUGUUAAUGCUUCUUAUUCUGUUCGUGGGAAUACUGUUUUUCACACCAUUCAUGCACAGAUUAAGGAGGAUUCAAUAAGUCAUGGAGUGGCAAGGAUUGGUGAGAGGCUAAACAAGUUUUCAAUUUAAUUGAUAUUUUACAUAAUAUAAUAUAAUACCAUAUGAGUUUCAAUAUUUCAGUAUUUCACAAUGUUUGUACCAUUUUCUUUUUAGUUCGCUAUUAAGAUUUUGUUUCAUUUUAACUCAUUUUUUUUUUUAAAUUUUAUUCAUAUAUUUAUCUUACUUUUUUAUCUUAUUCACUUAUUUAUUCCACACCCCAAUAAAAUAUAAAUUUUUAUCAUUAUUUUCUCUCCUUUUUUAAAAUGCACAAGAUUUGUGUUUGGAGCAAAUGCAUGCAACAUAGGAAAGUACUUCACUGUUACGAAUCUCAGCUCCUAUGUAUGCAUAUGAAAUAAGAUUUGUGUUUUGAGUUUAAUAUAGAGAUGUACUACAUUUUUUUUUUCAAAUUUAUUUGAUUUAUCUGUUGUUUUUGGAUGCUUUGAUGAGUUUCUCAUGAAUGUAAUAUCUCUAUUGCAAUUUGGUCUUAUAAUUUCUAUUGUAUAUUUUACCUUUAAAAAAAGCAAGA